ACGGACUUGCAGUUGCAGUGUUCUUUUUCAGGGCGCUGCUUAGCGGAGGAGGAGGAGGAGAGCAGAGGCCGUGGAGACUAGGGAGAGAGAUCGUAGGCUUCUUCGAAAAUGGUGGUUUCUUCGCCGACUUCAUCUUCCACCUCUGCGCAGUCGUCGCAGUUUUCUUCAUCAAACUUCUCGUGGCUUCCGGUUAUGGGCCUCAGGAGGAAAAUCGUCGAGAAAAUCUGCGAGAAUCGCGUCACUCUCAUCGUCGGCGAGGCCGGUUGCGGGAAGAGCUCGCAAGUCCCGCAAUUCCUCCUGGAAGAGAACAUGUCACCCAUUUUGUGUACACAGCCAAGGAGAUUUGCUGUUGUAGCUGUUGCUAAGAUGGUUGCCAAAUCCCGCAACUCUGAAUUGGGUGGAGAAGUUGGUUACCACAUUGGUCACUCCAAGGUCUUGUCAGAAAGAUCGAAAAUUGUUUUCAAAACUACUGGAGUUCUGUUGGAUGAAAUGCUCGACAAAGGGUUGAAGGCACUGAAGUACAAGGUUAUCAUUCUCGAUGAAGUGCAUGAAAGAUCUGUGGAGUCAGAUCUUGUUCUUGUAUGUGUGAAGCAAUUUCUCAUGAAGAAUCAUGACCUCAGGGUGGUCUUGAUGUCUGCAACUGCUGAUACGGCAAGGUACAGGGACUACUUUAGGGAACUUGGCCGGGGUGAACGAGUUGAAGUGAUUGCCAUUCCUAGCUCUGGUCAGAAUACAUUGUUCCAGAGGAGAGUCUAUUACCUUGAGCAGGUUGCAGGACUUCUUGAGGUGGAUUCUGAACUGUCAACUUACUCGCCUGGUCCAAGUCCAUCUACAGCCAAUACUGAAAUCAAUCCUGCACUACAGCAACUUAUUCAUGACCUUAUCUUAUAUAUUCAUAAAAAUGAACCAGAUAUUGAAAAGAGCAUUUUGGUUUUCCUUCCAACGUAUUACUCCCUCGAGCAGCAAUGGUAUUGCCUGAAGCCAUUUCAGUCAUCGUUUGAGGUACACAUAUUACAUAGGAGUAUUGACACUGAGCAAGCCCUAAGAGCUAUGAAGAUAUGCAAAUCUCGUCGAAAGGUAAUCUUGGCCACAAAUAUUGCGGAGUCAUCUGUGACAAUACCCAAAGUAGCCUAUGUCAUUGACUCGGGCAGAUCUCUUCAAGUCUUCUGGGAUGCUUCCAGGAAAACUGAUGCUACUCAGCUUGUUUGGGUCUCUAGGUCUCAGGCUGAACAACGUGGAGGGAGGACUGGUCGAACUUGUGAUGGUGAGGUUUAUCGCUUGGUACCAAGUGCCUUCUUCAACAAGCUUGAAGAACACGAGUCCCCGGCUAUAAUUAAGUUGUCACUGAGACAACAAGUUCUUCAUAUAUGCUGCACAGAGACCAAAGUAAUUAAUGAUCCUAAAGCCUUGCUGGCGAAAGCUAUGGAUCCACCAAAGCCUGGCGUUGUUGAAGAUGCAUUGAAUGUGCUAAUAAGCAUGCAAGCAUUGAGGAGAUUGCCUAGGGGACGGUAUGAGCCCACAUUUUAUGGGCAGUUGCUAGCGAGCUUUCCAUUGUCUUUUGAUGCCUCUGUACUUGUUGUCAAGUUUGGUGAAAUGGGAAUGAUACGAGAAGGAAUUCUACUCGGUGUACUGAUGGAUAUGCAGCCACUGCCCAUUUUUCAUCCAUUUGGAGAUGAAUCUCUGUUUAUGUGGUAUGUCCAUUGCUAUUUCGGUGGAGAUAGCAGCAAGACCAUCUCAGGUGGCCGGAGGGAGCAUGUACUUUUGGCAAACCUGUGUGCCUUUCAGUUUUGGCAGCGAGUAUUUAAGGAUAAGCUUCGUCUUGAACACUUGAAACAAGUUUUGGCUGAAGACAAAGCCAAGGAUGUGAAGUUGAUGUUUCCCGAGAUUGAACAAGAGUGGUGUGAUUCCCACAAUCUUGUCCGGUCAUCACUGUAUAAUGUGUCUGAGUUGUAUGAAGAUAUGAUCAGCUCUUUGCAUCGAUUCAGACCCGACUUUCUGAGUUACUCUGAUGCUGUCCCAACCUAUUACAAGUCAUACAACUUUGAUCAUGAAUGCUAUCUCGAGUGCCAGCUGUGUGAGGAUACAUAUCUGGACGCUGGGGAUGAAGAAAAUGUUGAAGCACCCCAUGGAACAAAAAAGUGUUUGUCAUUUCCAUUUGUUGAUCCGAAUGCAUUUGAGACCAAUGCUGUUGCGAGAACCAUGACUAGCGUUGUCAAGGAGAUAAGAGCACAGUGUGCGCAAGAUGUGUCUGAUAACCAGCAUAGAGCAGUCGAUAUAGGUGGUGAACAUACUGAUGAAGGAGAGAUGCCAGUCUGUGUAUAUUUUCUGAAGGGAUCCUGCAAUAGAGGUGAUAGCUGCACGUUUUCUCAUGUUCUUCAGUCAAAGAGACCACCCUGCAAAUUCUUCUCGACAUUGCAGGGCUGUCGAAAGGGAGAUUCCUGUUUGUUUUGGCAUGACCAGCAAAGGACAGGCUCAUACCAUAUAGCUCCAUGCUUGCCGGAAGACGAGAAUUCUCAUGCACCUCCCCUUGUGGAGCUAUUUCCGAUAUCUGGAGGAGGAUGCAUUCUUGUGUUUGACGACACGGACAUGCGUUUCACCUCAGCCAUAGCCAAUCACUACGAGGCAUGGAGAAUACUUGCGACAUCAUCUCUAUCAGACACUGUCCUAUGUGAUCCGUCACUAGCAGAUGUCAGAAUCUUCUGGGGACUGGAUCACCCCUACGAGACUAUCAUCUCAAAAGACGCAGCAGUGAAGAAGGAGAACCACCCUAUCCCGUGGAAGGAAGUGAAGUGUGUGCUUUGGUUCCUUAACACAGACGACAGCUAUGGCCAAAACCCCGAGAGCAGCUGCCUGAGAACGGUUGUUCAGAAUUUCUUCGAGUACAUGGCCAUCAGAAUAAUGGAGGGCGAUGGUCUCUGUGAGAUCCGAGUGAUUAUAACCAUGAACAACAUCAGAUUCUCACAGCUGCAGGUUGAGAAGCUGGGCCGGGAUUGCUUCUUCUUCCUUACAGCGUCUUUCCCGCACGACGAGACGAGUUUCGGCCACUUCGUGGACACUUUAUCCAUUCAAAAGCCGAUGGUAGUCUCCAGACCCAUCUCCUAUGUCUUUGAUAUGCGACCACCUACGAAUAUCCAGUUCGGUGACCACUCAUGACUCGACAAGAAGAUGAAUAUCCAGUUCUGUCUCGGUUACUCUCUCUAACUUAAAAGCCAAUCAGUUUCGUCUGGUUUGACUUGUCGUAGAACCCAACUAAAGAUGGUUUUGGUUCCCCUUAAAACUCUAUUUGGUAGAGAUAUUAGCAGCAGAAAUGUUUAUCUAGUGAUAAUUUCUACUUCCGAGACCAGGCGUAAAUGGAACUUUUUUUUUUUUUUGCGGCUAACCAUCACAUUAACAACUUUCUUUUUUGGAUGUUUGGUAUGACGAAUUUGUUGACCUCCAAAACCGGAUUUCUCAAUAUUCCCUGAUUGGGCCGGUUUACAAGCAUCUAAACCGGAUCAGAAGGUCAUGAAACCAUUCUUAUUUGGAGGACAGAGAGAGGGAGCGACGGCGAUGUCGAUGGCGGCGAUGGCGAGAGGAGAAGCAUUGAUCGCGUACAGAGCUCUGCUGAGGGCGACACGGAAAUCGUUCGCCGGAGACACGGAGAUGCUGUCGGCUUCUGCGGCUGAGAUCCGUAAGAAGUUCGAAGAGAAUCGCAACGUCUCCUCGGAGUCGGAUAUCCCUCGCCUUCUCGAAGAGGCCCGUGAGGCCGCUCAUUUCAUCUCCACCAUGAUCGUCCAAGCCCGCCUUAACGACCGUGGCGGCUAUGAGGUUAAAGCAAGUAAGGAACAUGCUGGAGCCACGCUCGAGGUUCCGUCGGAGGAGAUGCUUCGGAAGUCUGUAAAGUGAGUGUUACGACUUGUCGGAUGUAGCUCCGUUUUCUACUGGAUUCGAAGAAUUAGACGCAAAAGUAAGAAAUUUUGUUUUUAUGCUGAGUGUUUUCUCUUCAAAUUCAAACAAUCAGGUUUUAUGAAUAAGAACCCUUUUUUCUAUU